GAGGAGGUAGUUGCGUGUUGUCGUAAAGCUUUAGAAGACGAUUGAUAUGCACCAAGCCCAUGUCUCAUCAACAGCGCCUCUGCAGGGCACGGACGGUUGAUCUCCGCCGGACGGCCACGUCCAUCUCCGGCUUCGUAAGCACACACGCAUCCCGCUCACCUUCUCACGUCCGGCCACCGACUGCGACAAUUGAUCUGCUCGAAUACACACUUGUUUUCCCGACCACCAACAAAAUUUCACCAUCAUGGCGGCAAACUACAACUAUCUGGGCGAUGUGGCGGGGUUGGUGGUGGUAGUCACCGGAGGUGGCACAGGCCUUGGACUCAUGAUAUCAAAGGCGCUCGCCCUUAACGGAGCAAAGGUCUACAUCACCGGCCGACGUCGGGAGAAGCUCGAGGAGGCUGCAAAACUCGUGGGCAACGGGAACAUCAUCCCCAUCCAGGGAAGUGUAACAUCUCGCGAAGACCUCCAGGCAGCCGUCGACUUUAUCACCAAGGAUAGCGGCUACAUUGACGUGCUUGUAGCAAAUGCGGGCAUGACGACUUAUGACAGCCGGCCAGAUGCGAGGCCCAAACCGACGGCGCAGAAUACACUUUCCGAGAUUCGUGACUAUUACUUCAACUAUCGAUCUGCGGACGUGUGGAAGGAUUGUCUGGAGACCAACACGGCCUCCGUCUUUACGACAUCCAUGGCCUUUCUCGAGUUGCUGGAUGCCGGAAACAAGCAAAGGGCUAAAGACAAGCCGCACAGCCAGAUUAUCACGAUCGGCAGCGUUGGCGGGUUGACCCGAUUUACAGACACGUUCAUUUACAGCGCAUCAAAGGCCGGCGUACACCAUCUGACGAAGAACCUGGGUGCCUUUCUGGUUCCCUUUGACAUACGUGCUAACAUCAUUGCUCCUGCUUGGUUCCCAUCAGACAUGACUGUGCCGGUGGCGAAGAUGUUUGAGUCGACGAAUGGCGUGAUGCCGAGGGAGCUGGUUCCCCAACAGAGAAUGGGGAAUGAAGACGAGCUUGCGGGGACUUUGUUAUACAUGGUGUCCAGAGCUGGAGGGUACCUCAAUGGCGCAAUAAUCCAGUUGGACGGCGGAUUUCUCUCGAAUCAUUCGGGUCCAUGAUCUUGCCGCUGCGUGCAUAUGUCAGAGUGUGGUGUGGCGCUGCAGAGAGGCAGGAGCGAAGAGCUAUAAUUGGUGCGGACUAGCUAGCCGAGCCGAAAGCCUAAACCAACCCCCCAGCCCACUCGUGCAGCUCUCGCUCCAGUCACUCUUUAAACCUAGGUAUUCA